AUAAGCGUUCGGAAGAUACCGGAGUUAUUUGGCUACUUUCGAUCAUUUUCGGUGACACAACGCGUGUCGUGUUUUCGUAUCUCGAAAACAUCAUCAGUUUCGCUAUAAGUAAUCGGACAUCCUGUAGAAUUUUUUGAAGCUUGAGCUACACUACCAAGCCUAAAAAAUUCUAGAUUCGAAACUCAACAUAAAAAAAACCAUGCCAGGUGUCGGUAAUUGCUUAUCAAGAAUACACUAGGCAUUAAUGGACUCGAGUGUACACAUAGCAAUUUAAAUAUCUGAUGAAAUUCACCCGUAAAUGAUAUCGAAGAAAGUGGGGACAAUACAUCUUUUCAGUAAAUUGGAUUACAUAUCUUCAAUUUUAUCCAAUGGACACAUUUUUGUUAUAAAAUGAUAGAUUUCAUUUUUAUCCAUAAAUCUUACAACCAAGAUUGAAGUUUAUGAUGGUUCUAAAGUACUAACAUAAUAUGCUUCACUUCCCAAAGAUGAAUUUUUUUUUGAGAUUAAUUUUCACGAGGAAUAGAGGUUUAGUUACGAAAAUAAAAUUUCGAUACAUAUGUGUGUUAUUGAUCAUUGUUUUUCUAUUGAAUUCUUUUGGAGUAUUUACUCAUCUCUUUGAAUUGCCAUUCGAAGAUUGUUUUACAUACCCAUAUGAAGGUAAUAUCCUUACAUUUAUAGAUGCUCUCAAGAAUGGUGAAAAACCAAGCAUUAAUCCGAUUAACGAGUAUAAUUUUAGUUUUAUCUAUGCUAAUGAGAAACAUUGUUUAGAUAAUGAUUACAAUAUAUUACAUGUUGUAUUUAUAAUUAAAUCAGCUAUUGAAAAUUUUGACCGUCGUACUGCAAUAAGAGCGACGUGGGGAUCAAAAAAACGCUUUUUCGAUGUACCAACAAAAAUCGUAUUUUUGCUAGGUGUACAUAUGAAUGCAGCAGUACAAAGUCAAAUUGAUAAUGAAGUAAUUAAGUAUGAAGACAUCGUACAGUCCAAUUUCAUAGAUUCUUAUUAUAAUAAUACUAUUAAAACAAUGCUUGCAUUCAAAUGGGCUAAACUCUAUUGUUCGAACUCAAAGUUUUACAUGUUUGUUGAUGAUGAUAUUUAUGUAUCAGUAAAAAAUGUUUUAGAAUUUAUUCGAAAUCCAAUGUCAUGUAUAGAUGAGUCACAAAAUUUCAAUGAAUUUCGACCAUAUAAGCGAAAAAUAAAGAGCAACAUUAUCUCAUCUCCGUUGAAUUGGCAAAAAUUCAAUCGCACCAAAGCUGGUGAUAAUUUUAUGGAAAAAACUCAAUAUAUCAUUGAUUAUGAAUUACCAAAUGAUAUGCGGUUGUAUGCGGGAUAUGUCUUUAAUUCAAGACCUCAUCGACAUAAAACAUCAAAAUGGUACGUGCCGCUUCAAGAAUAUCCAUAUAAUAAGUGGCCCCUUUAUGUUUCGGCUGGAGCUUAUGUAUUAUCUAAAGAAGCUCUUGUUGAUAUAUAUUUUGCUAGUUUUUAUAUAAAACAUUUUCGAUUUGAUGAUAUUUACUUAGGUAUAAUAGCCAAAAAAGUUCAUUUAAAACCGUUCCAUUGUCACAAAUUUCAUUUUUACAAAAAAGAUUAUACAACAUAUAAUUAUAAACACGUCAUUACAUCUCAUGGUUACAGUGAUCCGAAAGAAUUGAUACAAGUCUGGAACGAACAGAAAUUGUUAGGAAAUGCAUAGCUAAGUUUCUUUAUUAUUAUUCCAAUAGAUUUAAUACAUAUUCUAUAAAAUAACGUAUAAGAUAAUAUACAGAAAAAAAAUCGAUUACUUUUUCUACUGAUUACAGUGAAUCUGUUGGUAAUACUUAA